AUGAAUCUUCUAGCAAGACUCGGCAUCGCCGCGGCUAUUCUCUCAAACUUAGUGGUUGCCUACACGAUCUUGCCGACGACUGACGCCUCGGGGGCAAACACAUAUGACCUAGACGAGCGCAACUUUGAAUUACAGGGCCCUUACAACAAGCCAGAUGUUCACGAUCCCGGCUUCGACGUCGCAGCCGAGCUGCUAAAGGUUCUUCCGGUACACCAGCCUACGAAUAUCAGCGCGUGGGAAGUGGGUGUGCUGCCAUCCAACUGCUUAAAGUACUUUGGGUCAAACGGACGUCAGGUCCAAAAACAUGAUUUCACGGUUUAUAAUUCGGACACCAGCAUAGAGAAGAUGACGACCGCCUUUGGAAGGUUACCUAUUGGGAUGCGAGAACAUGUGAGAACGGUUGCCGCCCUUCCACACCCACCUCCAGGCGAGCGCGCAGCCGCCUUCAGUACAGACGGUGACAUUGCCGUGCGGCCGCGCUACUGGGACAUGCACACGCUGUCGCACGAGGCGUCGCACAUCAUCGACUCGAAGCUGCCGACGGCGCAGGGCCACAACCCAUACACCGGACGGCCGGGGGCGCUGGCGCGGCGCUAUGGUUGGCGUCCGGCACCGAAGCCUUCUGCUGCUGCUGCUGCUGCUACUACUGCACAACCACACCUCCCCGGCGCGGUGCGGAAAUACUCGGAUUCGAUGCGGUGGCGCGGCGCCGAGGAGGAGGACGAGCGCGUGGUGUCGCGAUAUGCGCUCACCAGCUGGGCGGAGCACUUUGCCGAGACGGCGGGCGUCGCCCUGCUGGAGGUGUUUGGGGGCGUGGGCACCGUCGACCGCCUCAGCCCUGCGGCGGGCAGAGGGUUGAAGAGACAGGUCGGGAUAUGGGUCAAGGACUGGGGUCGGGUGGUCAGGGGAGGACCCGAGACGUGUGAGGAGCACGUGAGGACGGCGCAGGCUGACUUGGUUGUUGUAGGGUAG